CGCCGCUUCCUCUGCCGCUCGAAGUCUUCCAGCCUGGAGGGAACUACACCUCCCGUGGUGCCGCGCGUGGUGGAGGCGACGGUGCCCGCGAGGCGACCUUGCUCGCUAUGGAGACUUCCGAGGGGGCGGGGCCCGGCGUGCUGCUAGCAACCGCGGCGGCGGCAGUAGCGGCGGCGGCGCUGGGGAGGAGCGCGGAGGAGCUGCUGGCGGAGGACGCUCCGGUGGCCGAAGCCAUGGGCGAGCGCGGCGGCGGCGGCGGGUCCGCGCAGCAGCGGAGGAGGACGGCGGGGCCAGCCUCUGCCUCUGGGACGGGGCGGAAGCAGCCCCGCGCAGGAGGCGAGCCCUGCUCGGCGGCGGCAACAGCGGAGAGCGGCGGCCCCGGCUGGGCCCCCAGCAGGGGCGCUGGGGAUGGCGCGGACCCCCCCGACGGCGCCCCCACCGCGGCCGACUUCAGGUGCCACAGACUCCAGGACUCCCUGCUCAGCUCGGCCAGCGGCUACAGCAACUACCGGGGCAUCUUGAACUGGUGCGUGGUCAUGCUGGUCCUGAGCAAUGCCCGCCUCUUCCUGGAAAACCUCAUCAAGUACGGCAUCCUGGUGGACCCCAUCCAGGUCAUCUCCCUGUUCCUGAAGGACCCCUACAGCUGGCCCGCCCUGUGCCUUGUUCUAGUGGCCAACGUCUUUGCCCUGGCAGCUCUGCAAAUAGAAAAGAGGCUGGCAGUGGGCUCCCUGUCGGAGCGGAGCGGGACCGUCCUCCACACCCUCAACCUCCUGACCAUCUUGUGCUUCCCUGCGCUCGUGGUGCUGGCCGUCACCUCCAUCACGCCAGUUGGGGCUGUGUUUGCUCUGGCCGUGCACACCGUCCUCUUCCUCAAGCUCUUCUCCUUCAGGGACGUCAACAGGUGGUGCCGGGAGAGGAAGCCCCCCCGGGCACGUGUGGCUUCUGGGUCACAAAGAGCCAAUGGGGAGGUGGCCCCCACCGGAGUGGCGUAUCCAGCAAAUCUGACCUGCAGAGCGUGUCUCCCUCCCGUUGCAGCUCUGUACUACUUCCUCUUUGCCCCAACCUUGUGCUACGAGCUGAACUUCCCGCGUUCCCCGCGCAUCCGCAAGCGCUUCCUGCUGCGCAGGCUCUUUGAGAUGCUCUUCUUUCUCCAGCUGCUGGUGGGCCUGAUCCAGCAGUGGAUGGUGCCCACAAUCCAGAACUCCAUGAAGCCUUUCCGGGACAUGGACUAUUCUAGGAUCAUUGAGCGCCUCCUGAAGCUGGCUGUCCCCAACCACCUGAUCUGGCUCAUCUUCUUCUACUGGUUCUUCCACUCCAGCCUGAAUGUCAUUGCUGAGGUCAUGCAGUUUGGAGACCGCGAGUUCUACAGGGACUGGUGGAACUCGGAGUCUGUGACCUACUUCUGGCAGAACUGGAAUAUUCCCGUCCACAAAUGGUGCCUGAGGCACUUCUACAAGCCCAUGAUCAAGAGGGGUGUUGGGAAAUGGACGGCCCAGACUGCUGUGUUCUUGGCUUCCGCCUUCUUCCACGAGUACCUGGUGAGUGUGCCCUUGAAGAUGUUCCGGCUCUGGGCCUUUAUGGGGAUGAUGGCUCAGAUCCCUCUGGCCUGGUUUGUGGGCCGGUUUCUCCGAGGCAACUACGGGAAUGCUGCUGUGUGGAUCUCCUUGAUCAUUGGGCAGCCCAUCGCUGUCCUCAUGUAUGUCCACGACUACUACAUCCUCAACUAUGAAGGGAGCCAGUGACCCAGGACCGUGGUGGUGGUGCCGCUGCCUGCCUCUCCCCUCCCCCCACUGAUCAGCAGGGGUUCCCGGCGGGAGCUGAACCACCCCAUCUCCCUGCUGCUGUUUGGGAGCCCCACUACCCAUCUUAGCACCAGCAUAGGCAGAGACGCUGCUGCUGCUGCCGCCGCCGCCACCAUCUGUUCUGGGAAACUGCCUUGUGUGAUCUCUGUAAACGUGUGUCGGUGGCUGCCUGCCAGCUACUUCUUGAGUUCGAAAGCUUGAUCAAUGCAAUAACCUCCAGUGAGCCCAAGUGCCCGGGGAUUCUGGCUGUGGACAUUUGGGGGUGGUUCCUGGGCUGGCACCUUCCAGGUUCUCUUCCCCCCCCCCGUCUGGGGCUGGUGUGAAGGGGUGUCCUGCCUCCUUGAACCUGCCCAGCAGAAAUAGGAUUGGACCUUGGCUGAGCACGGGGGUGGGUGGGUGCCUCUUUCCUUGGAAAGAGAGGGAAUGUGAGCUUUAUCUGGGGCCCGUGUAGGCAAAGGCAGCUCCAGCCUCUUGGUGCUGCCCACAAGACACUUUAGAGGACUCUCCUCCCUGUGGGUCUCUGCAGUCCCGGCAAAGGCUGAUGGGCACUCGGUCUCCUCGUCCUGGUUUGUGGUUGCUGGCAGCUCUCCCUGAAUCUCAAGGGGCAUCUUUUCUCCCCUGCCUUGGCCUUGGCCCCAAGGCCUUAUGGGAAUGUGUAAUAUUGGCCCGUGGGCUUCUUGCGGCCAGUCAUGGUACUGCCUUGAUGGUGGCACUGGUGAGCAAGGCUCUGUCCUGGCAGGCCUGGUCUCCGACUCCGUCCUAGUUCCUUCUAGAGCUGCCUCCAUCCUCUGCACUGUCUCCACCCACUUUGAUCCGUCCUUGCGCCGUGAGAGCUGAGCUCCAGCAGUCCAGUGUGUGGGGCUGGGGGUGGGGGGCAGUUGCUGCUGCUGCAGCAGUUCUGUAGUGCUCUGUUCUUGGUGGCAGCAAUUGUCUUGGCUGUGUGUGGUCCUCCCAUGUUUUGUCACUGAGCAACUUUUUAGAGUAUGCAGACUGAUCUGCUCCGUACAAAGUGAAUAAAGCAUAUUUUCCAAA